AUGGAGGCGGAGAAAAAUGGUGGAAAGAAGAGUAAGAAUGGAGUCAAUCCAAAACCAGAUGAUGACCAUGAUCAACAUCAUGUUGAUAAUUAUGAUGAUCAAGUACGCAUGAUGAACAACCCUGACGAAGUUCAAGUUCCAGAUCAAGAUCAAGAACUGUUGCCUUUUGUGUGCCGAGUUUGUAAGAAGCGAUUUAAGUCUGGAAAAGGCCUCGGCGGCCACAAGACAAUGCACGAUCUCCCACCCAAAAACAACAAAAGAAAAGCCAUCAUUCAAGAUAAUGAUGAUGAGGAAGAGGAAGAAGAUGUUCCGAUUUGCUUCCUUUGCGAGAAAAGUUUCCGGUCGAUGAAGGCGCUUUGCAGUCACAUGAGGGUUCAUCCUGAUAGGGGUUGGAAAGGAAUUCAGCCUCUUUCUGCUGUUCCUGGCGGUCAUUAUGUGAUUGAUGAUGAUAAUUCUUCACCUGUCAGCGCGAAGAAAGGUAGCGGCAACCGUACAACCAGCGGCUGCUCCUCCUCCUCAGAGGGCUCGGAAUUAUUAUCCGUUCUUGAUCGGAUAAAUAAGAACAAAGGAAAAACAAAGAAAGAAGAAGGGAAUAAUCAUUAUGUAUGCAAUGUUUGCAAUAGUUCGUUCACAAGUUACCAAGCCCUAGGAGGUCACAAGUCGGGUCACAACGGGACUAAAAAUUUUAGCAAGAGCAAGAUCGAUAGCCGCAAGAGAAAAUUAUCUGAUUCGGAUUCUGAUGAUCAUGGUGCUGAUUUGUCGCGGUCUGCGGAUAAAACAGCAGCAAUAUUUACGGAUGAUAAAGAUGAUGUUUCUCGUAUAAAGGGCGAUAGUAAGAUCAAUAGCCACUUGUCUAAUUCGAAUGCUCAUAGCGAAUAUGAUUCGUCGCGGUCUGAAAAGAAUGAUAGAAAGGGUGUUUAUAAACAAAAAUUGGAAACUACGAAUAGUCUUUUAAUUAAUCAGUAA